UGAAACGAGUAGGAACUUUUCCGUUUAAAGAAAAAAGUAUCCUUCCGAUAUUAAGUAGUUAGUUGUGAAAAAUUGUUAAAUUUGAAAAAAAUUGUUUUGUUUUUGUAUUUAUUUAUUAAAUAAUUGUUAACUUUUAUUAAAAAGACUUUGUUAAUUUAUCCUCUGUUUGUUAUCCUGAAAAGUGUUAUAAACGUGAAAAGGAAAAAUUAUUAAAAAUACGAAACCAAAUACGAAAACGUAAAAAAAAACUUUGGCGCAAAUACAUUCGUAUAACCAUUACAAGAAAAAAUUUCGAUCAUUAUUAAUUUAAAUAACAGCAAAAACACAAAUAUGUCGUUCUCUAAAGCUAAACUCAAGCGUUUUAACGAUAUUGAUGUAGCUGCAUGUGGUUCACCUGCCCGUCAUGUGGUCGGCAACGAAAAUACUGGUACUCCAACUGCUACCGCUACUGCGUCAUCAUCUACUGCCCACCCGGAGCGUAAGGAACAAAUUGAAAAAUUCUUUAAAGAUGCCGUGCGCUUUGCUUCCAGUUCGAAGGAUGCCAAAGAGUUUGCUAUUCCCAAAGAGGGUGGACUAAAAGAGGACAAGGACAAAAAGUCAAAAGGCUUAAGACUUUUCCGUACACCUUCAUUGCCACAUCGUUUGCGUUUUCGUCAGAAUUCUGAUGUAACUGCAGCUGCUCUUAGCAAUAACAACAAUGCGGGCUCCUCUACGGCCAGUUCUACACCAUUGCCUUCGGCAACAACCACCCCCGUUAAAGAAAUGCCUAAGUCUGCCAGCCGUUUGAAAGGCAAAGAAGCGUUACAUCAAGAAAUUCGUCAUAAAAAUGAGUUGAUUGAAAACUACAUUAGCCAAAUUGAUGUACUGAAGCGACAUGUAGAUCAACUCAAAGAAACUGAGAGUAAGUUGCGUGAAGAACAUGCUUGUGUACAACUGAAAACUGAAGGUAUGGUUCAAGAGCUUACUACCGAGAACAAGGCCGUAAAAGAUUUGAAUGAUCAGUUAACUGUAGAAAAUGCGAGACUUGUUGAAUGCAUUGCCCAAUUAGAGUCCGAAAUACGUACUCUUCAAGAGCAACACUCUGCAGAAGUUUCAAAAUUGUCUGAUAUUAGCGAACAGCUGAGAGCCAACAAUGAGGAAUUGGAAAUAGCCAGCAAGAAACACUUAGAAAAGCAUGAAUUAAUGGAAGCCCAAAUCUCUAAGCUUGAUCAAGAGAUUAAAGAGGCUCGAGAACGCUUGGCAUCAGAUGCUGAAAAAGCUCAACAAAACUUUGAACUCAUUGAAAACUUAAAAAAUAUAAAUGAAUCGUUGAUUGGUGAUGUUGAUAAGCUGAAGAAACAAAUCGAGCAGGAUGCUUUGUCGUACGCUCAAGAAACUAAAAUCACACAAAAUGAAAUGGAGUGUCUGAAAAACGAGCGCAACACCUUAAAGAACGAUUUGGCUAGUAAGUGCGACUUCAUAAAAGCUUUGCAAGAUGAACUCUUAGACAAGAAUUGUGAGAUUGAUGCCCACUGCGAUACCAUACGUCAGUUGUGUCGCGAAAAAGCUCAAUAUGUUGAAAAAGAACGUCUAAUGAACACUGCCGAGGAGAAGGUGCGCUUUGCCGAAGUUCAAGCUGAACAAAAGGUACAAAAACUUGAGUCAGAUCUUGAAAAUGCUCUAGAACGUGAGAAGGCUUACUGGCGCAACGAAUUAGAUAAACGCCAAAAAAUGGCUGAGAAUGAGAUUAUCAAGAUUGAGUUGGAGAAACAAGAUGUUAUGAUAUUGCUUGAAAGUACCAAUGAUAUGUUGCGCGAACGCGAUGAGAAGAUUCAAAAGUAUGAAGAACAAUUGCGUAACGGUAUCGACUACUAUAUACAACUUACCGAUAAUCUACAGAAACAAGUCGUAGAUCUGAAACAAGAAAUGGCCAAAACUAUUACCGAAAAGUACAAUUAUCAAUUGACUUUGAACAACACCCGUUCUACCGUAAAUAUUCUCAUGGAGCGUUUAAAGAAAUCUGACGCUGACGUAGAACAAUUGAAAGCUGAAUUGGAGUCAUUGCAGCUGGCUAAAGGUGCUUUGGAACAGAGUUAUCUCACUUUGCAAGCCGAGUUGGAGUCUGUCAAGAAGCAGUUAACAGAAUCGGAGACUGCUCUACAGGCGGUGCGAGCUUCAUCGGAAACACUACAAAAAGAGGAGCGCAUCGAUGGGGAUGCUGCCAAUUACCUGGAUAUGUACAACGAGCUCAAGAACAAGGAUGAGUCACGUGAGGUGUAUAUGCAAGACAUGAAAAAGGCUCUGGACGAAUUUGCCACCGUUUUGCAAUUCGCUCAGCUAGAGCUUGACAACAAGGACACCACUUUGAUCAAGGUACGUGAAGAAUGCGAACAACUGAAGCUUGAAAACAUUGCCCUCAAAUCGAAGGUCGAUGAUGGCUCAGUUAAAGUAGCAACACCCGCCAAAAAGAACAGUACCGAUAUGGAGAAAAUUGAGGGGUUAUUAAUCGAUUCCGAAUUAAGAUCAGAAUGUGAUAAAAUUGCCACUUGGUUCUUGAAUUCCACCGAAAAGAGUGUACGCAACGAAAGUUCAAACGAAAUCAGUGAACUGUUGAAACCCACAACACCGAAUAGCAAAGCAACACGCACGUGCACCACACCUGUACGUUCUUCGAGUGGCAAAGCUGUGGUCAACAACGUGAAUACGCCACGUACACCACGCACACCAAAGAACUCAACACAUACUCCCCGCACCACACCCAAGAAAACCGUUCUGUUCCCGGGCAAGGAAAAUAUACCCAGUCCACAGAAACAGGUGCUAAAAGCGAGAAAUGUUUAAGAUGUAGACAAAGCGAGAGAGAACGAGAGACGACAAUUAUGUUUAUUUAUACUAUAAUAAAUUUUUAGAAUAUUUAGAAUUUACACGUAGUCGUACUUCCCUAAGAAACUAACAUACAAUUUAUAUAUAAAUACCUACAGAUUAAACUCUUUUUUUUAGAUAAUAAAAUUAUUAAAAAAUAUAUAUACGAUAUAUACUUCCUAAGCAUUCCUUUAUAUAUUCAAAUUAUACUUUAUCUAUAAUUUUAUAAGAGUUCAUAAUUUUGGUAUCAAAAUAAAACAAGCAAGCAAACAAACAAA